CUUAUCGCAUCUAGCUAAAAGAGUACCAGUUCUGUUAUAUUACUUUUUUUUUUCCCUUGCGUUGUAAUAUAGACCUAUGCAUCUAGACAGCGGUGUGAUUUAAAAAUGAAAGAUCUAUAGAAUUUCCGAGAUUUUUACAUAUCAACUCAUAAUUCUCUUUUCGUAUCCAAGUACCCAACAUAACUCAUAAACGUAACUACCUUGAACUCACCUUGAACUACUUCCCCGGGGCUCCCUCCCGACUCUUCAAUGGCGACAGCACGCCUCCUCCCACGCCCACCGCGUCUACUCUCCACCCUCCGAACAUACCCGCACCCUCCCCGGCGGACCUUCAUCUCCCUCCCCGACCCCACCAAGCCGCAAAUCCUAACCGCCUCGCGCCGCCUCCCCUACGACCACGAGCGCCUCUACGACAUAAUCGCCGACGUCGACUCUUACGUGCGCUUCCUACCAUACUGCAAAGUUUCGCGCGUGACACGGUGGACCGACCCCACUCCCGGAAACCCACACACCACCACCACCCGCCGCUGGCCCACCCAAGCCGACCUAACCGCCGGCUGGGGCGGUUUCGAAGAGACCUACACGAGCCGGCUCUUCUGCGUGCCCACCCUCGGCAUCGUCGAAGCCAUAAGCGGCGACGCGCGAACCGAGAUCCCGGCCUCCGAGCUGCGCAGACACGGCCUAACAGACCACCACCCCGGGCCGGAUAUCGGGAGCCGGGGCGUAUUCAAGAGCCUAGUAACGCGAUGGACGGUUCUCCCGGCCCACGACGACGCGGUCCGCGAAGAUCGCUGGAGCGACGUCCGACUCACGAUAAAGUACCAGUUUGCGAACCCCUUGUACACGGCUGUGAGCGCGGCUGUUGCCGAUAAGGUCGCGGGGGUUAUGGUGGAGGCGUUUGUGCGGCAGGCGGAGCGGGUGUUGAAGGAGACUAGGAAUGAUCCGGGUGUUGCGCGGUGAGGGAUUGGAUUCUUGCUAUGUCCCGAACCGCACUUAUAAUGCGAUGUAAAUGGUGUACCAUACCCCUAUCACUCACAGAAGACCGCGAAUCAGUUCUCUGCUAAGAAACUCCCCUCCCUAGGUAUAUAGAGUCCGCUAGCAUUGACUGAUUUGUCCAUAUAGACCCUAUCUAUGUAUACAACUAUCUUAAAAUUAGACGGCCAAAAUCAUAAUAAAUCUUCACAUCAACUAAA